AUGUUCUCACAACCGUCGAUGAUUGAAGCCGAAAAAGGAAUCAUUGAGAUCAUGGAUUCUGAUUACAUUUCGGUGCGAGCAAUGCUAGAGUAUAUGUAUUGCGGAUCAACAGUGAAAAUCGAGAAUAAUGUCGAAAGUGUUUUGGCACUUUCUGAGAAAUACGCCAUAAAACCGUUGAAGGAAUUCUGCGGUAACUAUUUGGCAUCCAAGAUAAACACAAAUAACCUCGGUGAAACCGCAGCAAUUGCUGAGAUGUACUCAUCCAUUCCACUCAUCAAGAGGUGUGCUCGUUAUCUGAGCGAGAAUCGUAUAUCGGUACUGCGUUCCAAAGGUUGGGAAGAGCUGAAGAAGCACAAUCCUGAACUGGCUAUCCGCCUUCUUGAACACUCAAUGUAG